UUCAGCAGUUUGUGCUUGUGUUGAAAGCAAAAGCCCCGCCUACACGUUUACGCACUUUACCAGCCGGUGAACCAGGAAAUCCCUCUGCUGAGAAUAAAGAAACAAUAAACUGAAGGAAAUUAAUUUUGGAAUCGGUAUGAUGGCGUCUGACAAAGCAACAGGAAAUUAUCAUUUUGAUCUUGAAGAGAAGAAAAAAUUAGCUGCUUCGAACCAUCUCUCUGAGCUGCGCCUUAUCCUUCUGGGCUGGCGAUGGCCUGGGAAAAGCCUGACUGGAAAUACUAUCCUGGGGUAUGAAGAGUUUCGGCUGGAACGAGCAGCUGAAUUUUCAGUGAAGCGGGAUGCAGAGCGCUACGGCCGCAAGCUGACCGUUGUGGAUACGCCGGGCUGGUUUUCAGCUCAGACCACUCCAGCUGCUUAUCAACAAGAGCUGGCUCGUAGUCUGGCUAUGUGCCCACCAGGGCCGCAUGCUUUCCUGCUCGUUGUGCCUGUAGGCAUGUUCACAGACACGGACCGGGCGAGAAUCGAGGAGAACUUGGUGCCAUUUGGUGAGGCUGUGUGGAGACAUACCAUUGUGGUGUUUACAUGGGCAGAGGUGCUGAAGAACAUGUCAAUCGAGAGAUAUAUCCGGCGCCAAGGUAGUGCACUGCAGUGGGUGCUGGACAAGUGCAAGAAGAGAUACCAUGUCGUCAACAAUGAUGCCUUUGGAGAGCGCACGCAGGUCCCAGAGCUGAUUGAGAAGGUGGAGAAGAUGGUGGCUGAGGAGGGAGGGCACUUCAGUUCCAUGGUGCAGGAGGAGAAAGCGCAGAAUCCGGUUACAGCUGAAGCUACUGAUGAGAACUCAAACUCAAAAGAGGUGAAAGAGACGCGUGAGCUCGGAGCUCGGCCCAAACAGAACGGUUCCUUCAGCUCAAUACGGAUGGUCGAUGUGAAGAGUCCACACAAUUUGAUGGAAGAAGUGUCUGAUUGAAGGACAGGGACCAGAGAGUGAAUUAAUAUUGCUGGAUUGCAUUCCUUGAUCUGAUGUAAUUUGAUGAACAUCUGCAGGUACAGAAAUUGACUGACCUGUUUUUAUUUAACGAAAAACAAGGUGAUUUUGUCUUUAUUUUAUAUAUUGGAUGUGCUGUAUAUCUUUAAAUGGGGGGAAAAAUGAGACCUCCCCAAUCAACUCAUUUGCACUAAUAAAGUCAUGACAGCUACUUGUUAUAAUAACGCAUUGUUUUUACUGUUACUGUCUUGUGUAUUACUAAACCAGUGUCAUAUCAAAAUUUAGAAUGAAUGUUGCUAUUGGACAUUUUAUAACCUACAGUAGAUACAAAACCCAAUAUUUUAUUGCUCACUUUGUUUUAAACAAUUAAACCAAGACACUUGUGCCUUGACUCAAUUCAGCAAUUAUUACCAAUCAAGUUUGUUUCGCAAAAUAUCAUAUAUAGCUAGCCAUAUAGCUCUGGAAAAAAUUAAGAGCCCACUGCAAAAUUAUCAGUUUCUCUGGUUUUAUUAUUUAUAGAUAUGUGCUUGAGGAACAUGAACAUUUUUGUUUUGUUUUAUUCCAUAAACUACUAACAAUUCCACAUAACAAUAUUGUCACUUAGAACAUCUAAUUGCAGAAACCGACAACUGGUCAAAAUAAAAAACUGAAUUGUUUUCAGACCUUGAAUAAUGCAUAGAAAUCAAGCUCAUAUUCAGUGUAAACAACACAAUACUAAUGUUUGAACCUGGGAUGAGUUCAGAAAUCCAUAUUUGGUGGAAUAACCUUGACAUUUUAAUCACAGCUUUCAUGCGUCUUGGCAUGCUCUCCACCAGUCUUUCACGUUCCUCUUGGGUGACUUUAUGCCACUUCUGGUGCAAAAAAAUUCAAUCAGCUCAGCUUUGUUUGUUGACCAUCCAUCUUCCUCUGGAUCACAUUCCAGAAGUUUCCAAUGGCGUUUAGGUCUAGAGAUUGGGCUGGCCAUGACAGGGUCUUGAUCUUGUGAUUAUCCAUCCACACCUUGAUUGACUUGGCUGUGUGGCCUGGAGCAUUGUCCUGCUGGAAAACCCAGUCCUCAGAGUUCAGGAACAUUGUCAGAGCAGAAGGAAGCAAGUUUUCUUCCAGGAUAACUUGUACAUGACUUGAUUCAUGUGUCCUUCACAAACAAAAAUCUGCCCCAUUCCAGCCUUGCUGAAGCACCUGCAGAUCAUCACCGAUCCUCCACCACAUUUCACAGUGGGUGUGAGACAGUGUGGCUUGUAGGCCUCUCCAGGUCUCCAUUAGACGACCAGGUGAUUGGGGGGGGGGGCUGAAAAUUGGACUCAUCAGAGAAGAUAACCUUACUCCAGUCCCCUACAGUCUAAUCCUUAUGGUCUUUAGCAAACCUCAGCCUGACUCUUCUUUGCUUCUCAUUGAUGAAGGGCUUUUUUCAAGCUUUUCAUGAGUUCAGCCCCACCUGGAGGAGCCUGUUUCAAACCGUCCUUGCCAUGGACUUAACCACAGCUGCAAUUUGCCAUUCUUUUUGUAGGUCACUUGAUGUCAUCCUAUGGUUUUGAGUGACAUUCGAAGGAGUUGAUGAUCAUCCCAGUCAGUGGAGUGUAGUCUUCACCCUCUACCAGUCUGUAACUUUUGUUGUCCCCAAAGUCUGCUUCUUGACCUUGUUCUUAUGAACUGCCGUCUUUGAAAUUUUGAGGAUGGAAGCAAACUGAUGCUCACGCUAUCCUUCUGCCAGUAAAGCCAGAAUCGAAUCAUUAUUUUUCUCUCAAAACUUUUUCUUUUAAACUUAUUUCUCACAUGAUGAACAUAUUGUAUUCUAAUUAAAUUUAAGGUACUACUAGCGCUCUUUUUGCCAUCCAAACUGGUCUUACUGCAAGAGGAUAGUGAUGCCCACAGCAGAGGUUUUUAUACUUUUCCUCAUUUAAAUAAGAUUUGGUUCAGAUGAUCACCUAAUCAGUACCUCAUUAAGUAAAAUGAGGCAUUUAUGUUGGAAUUCCAGGAUAGACACUGGAAUGAAAUGGCUGCCGUACAUACAGAUGCUGAUUAAAGAAAAAAAUGAUGUGGUAUCUUAAUUUUUUCCAGAGCUCUUUGUGUGUGUGUGUGUGUGUGUGUGUGUGUGUGUGUGUGUGUGUGUGUGUGUGAAGUCACUGAAUACAUGCCCUUUUUAUUACUGGAUGUUAAAAUGUGUUUUUGAGGAGCGUUCUAAAAUGGACUAGACACACAUUUUUCUUUGAUUGCUGUAUUUCAGAAGACACAUUUAACUUUUAACCUUUAUCUUAAGUGGAUCUUUUAAUUGCACCAAAAUAUAAAUAUUCAACAGAAUGUCAAACUGGAUUAUGGGCAAGCUUGCAUCAAGACAUGCAGUGAAACAACAAACUACAAAGUUUUGUUCGAACUAGAACAUUAUUUGUUUUCAAGGCAGCAAUAAUACUGUAAUACUGUGAGUUAUAUUUGACUGAGCACAAAAAAAAUUGAGUCAUCACAUCCAUGGCAAUAAACAAUAAGUGCGCUUCCAUAAGAGUUGAUGAAAGUGGGUUCCAUUUGGAGUCACAUAUGUCUCUUCAUAUAUAAAUGAGUUAAAACCUGUUGAAACAGGUUACAUUGCAUAUCUUUGUGUGCUGUACUUUUGUAAUCAAUAGAAAUUUUAUUAUGAUUAAAAGAAACUGUGAUCUAA